AUGAGCCUUUGCCUGCCUCUUCGGGAAGGCAACUUCGCCCUCAUCACCAACGUCUACGCUCCGCUGAUGACCAGUCCUGACGCCACAAGAGACAGAUUCUACGAGGACCUGCAUGCCCUCCUGGCGACUGUGUCGAACGCGGAUAAGCUGAUUGUAUUUGGUGACUUCAACGCCCGCGUCGGCACAGACCAUGCUGCCCCGAGAGGAGUGCUAGGUCCUCAUGGUCUCAAUGGCCACAAUGAUACUUACCUGCUCCUUUUACAAACCUGCGCAGAACGCCGCCUCAUCCUGACGAACACCUUCUUCCGUCUGUCGAUGCGAAAGAAGGCCACCAGGAUGCAUCCUCGAUCACGUCGGUGA